AUGAAGGCAUUCAGUGCUGUGCUUUUGGUCUCAGCCCUCUGCAUGGGGAGAGUUUCACCAUUGAGCUGCUACAGGUGCCAAAACGCAAAAAACCACGAGGAAUGCACAGACUACAUUAAGUGUUCGGAUAUGGACAAGUAUUGUGUGACGCUGACACACCAACCUGUAGGCCAGGACUUUUCCAUCAGCAAAUGGUGCGCUCCGGACUGCCCAAAUUUCGACACUGAAAUCAAGAGGGGCAAAACAAACAUUACAACCACUUGCUGCAUCACCGAUUACUGCAACAGCGGAGGGCCCAGCAGCGUGAAGACCAGUUACGCCGUUGUGACCAUGGCAACCCUGGCCAGCUUCUUCUACGUCUUCCGGACGGGGCUCUGAUGGGCAGGGAGACACACGCUCAUCAGAGGGGCUCAAAUCCCCCUCCCCC